AGCGAGCGCCGUGCCGGCACGUCUGUCUCUCCGCCCGUCUGUCCGGCUGUGCGUCCGUCCGGCGCCUGGGGAAGCAGAGAUGCGGCGGGAUGGCAGCGCUGGGCUCCACGAAGGCGGCUCCGGGCACUCUGCGCAGCGCAGAUGCCGUUCCCCACCGUCGCGGUACGCGGGGACACCGCUGCCCGGCUGCAACGCCCGCGCCGUGCUUCGGGGGAAGCGAGAGAAGAGCGGCGCAGAGAGGCAGCGCUGCCGGGAGCGCCCCGGGUACGGGAGCGGGAGGGGAACGGGGGAGCCAAGCAGCCGCAAUAACAACACGGCAGCCCCUCAGAACGUGGAAAUUCACGGAGAGCCUUGGAGGUGGGAAUGGAGAGAAUCACGUUCGAGCUCUGGACAAUCCUAUCAUAAACACAUUGUUUACCCUCUCCCAUCAGCACUCUGCUGUUUUCUCCAUGCUAAACACUAUCAUCGCAUUCUGCAGAUAGAGAUGUGUAAAAAGAGAAGCAGACCGGGGGGGGGGGGGGGGGGGGGAGGGGUUGGGAUCUUUAUUCCUCCUACAGCAGCCAGAAAUGCCAAUUCCUACAUCAGCGUUUAUGGCCCAGAUGCCGGUUGCUAUCCCAGAGCUCAGAUCCCAGACCCAACAGUCACCUCAGAGCAGCAUCACACGUGCACGCACGAGGAGAAGUGCUCAGCUGGAAAAAGCAAAUGAUUUUACAGGCAAAGACAAAUAUAGAACCGUUGCCAAUGCAUAUGCAUUACACGCUGAGCUGCACGGAGGCCGAGCAGCAGUGCGUUCCAGGAAAGCAGCUCCGCACAGCACACCCGGGGCGUGCAGGCGGGCGCCAGGCCAAGGCACACCGAGUGAGCCCUCAUUUCGUGCUCCAGCAGCACGAGUGGAGGAGGACUUGGAUGUUAUAAACCUGAGCAGCCAUUGCUUUGGAGUUGGCGUACCGCAGUGCCGGGCAGCAUUUCUUCCCAUCACAGCACCCCUGGAUUAACCAGGGGGUUUCAUCUCUCCCCUCCCCUUCUUUUUGUGAGACUUGAAAGCCAAAGGCUGUCCCACAGAGACUGAAGCAUCCUGCUGUGUUCGAAUAGAGCAUCUUCCAUUCGUGAGAACAGUUAAAGAUUUUUCACUCACAUAUUUACAAGCAACAGCUUUAGAACCAGCCCGGGCAGGCAGCUGGCCCAUCAACAAGUGCUGGGCUGAGCCCAGGUGAGGGCUGUGCUGCAGCACUGAGCUCCAUCCUGCA